AUGACCUUCGUGAACGAGCAAGGACUUGGGAUCCACGUGAAAACACAGCACAGCAAUGCAAACAUGUCCAACGGCUUGCGGCUGCAGCGGAUGCUAGGGAAGACUCCCAAAGGGUAUGUUCAGCCGUGGGGAGAAGCCGGGCCUGGACGUUGUUGGCACGUGAAGGUCGAUGGUGCGACGGGGGCGGCUUCGUUCGUCCUCCAACGGAAGCGCUUCCGCGAUCUCGACUUGGAAAGCGACGGCUUUACGGACCGCAAAGUCAAGGAGACUCGUGGAGCUGACAAGGGCAAGCGAUACGAUUUCAGGUGCAAAGCCCAUGCUGUGACCCAGCUGCGCCUCCUCCAGGAAGACGCCGCAGACGUCUUCAAGGAGGAGCAGCUCACGCCUCUCCAGUACUUAGAGGACCGUCUCAAGGUUAACUACAGCCUGAUCGUGAAGUGGGCUCAGGACGAGGCCAAUAUAGUCCAAUCGGCAGCAGAUGACGUGAAGAAGACCCUCCUUGCCAAACAGCAGCCAAAGCGGUGGUUUCCUGAGGAAGAGAAGAAGUUGUACAAUACGUUCUUGGCACGGCGGAGGAGGAAGCUGAAGGUGUCGACCCUGUGGCUGACGGUCACGUUCCGGAAGCUCGUGCAAGAGAAUCACCCUGAGGACCAACGGGCGGCGGCGUUCAGCGCGUCCUUCAGGUGGGCACGAAAAUGGGCAAAGAGGCAUAAGCUGUCCAAACGGCGCAGGAGCAACCUCAAGAACAAGUCUGUUGAAGAGCGCCUACCAAAGAUCCAGCGCUUCCACCGGCGGUUUCGCAAGCUCCUGCAAGAGCCGGUACGGUACAGGGCACCCGAGGCAUCGGACGUGUCGGCGAUGUCGACGGUCGCGGAGGGAGAGUCCAGAGAUCCCAAGUACGGUCAGUUCCAGCUCUGGGAGCGUUGGAAUGUGGAUCAAGUGCCUUUGCCAUUCGUGAACGGGCUGAUCAGCACGUGGGAGAAGACAGGCGCGUUGCGUGUAGCCAUCUCGCAGCCCUUUGCUGGCCUAGAGAAAAGGCAGUGCACCAUGCAAGUCAUCUUUGGUCCGGGUGAGAAGACUAUGCGGAUUUCGGUGAUUUUCCGAGGCCAGGGGAAGCGGAUUUCGCCGGUGGAGAAAGCCGCGUACCACAAGGACGUGGACGUGUUUUUCCAGGAGAAUGCGUGGGCGGACCAAAAGUUCUGCAUGGAGUGGGCCAAGAGGUCGUACCGCGAAGGCCUGAUCCGCGGGCGGGGUGAGCUCCCCAAGGCGAGGUCCAUUCUGAUAAUGGACAACUUGCACGCGCAGACCACGGACGAGUUCAAGGGGUAUCUUGCGAAGCAGUGCAACACUAUCGCCUGGCUUGGCCCUGCGGAGUGCACGGACGAGGUGCAGCCAGUUGAUGCAGGAGCCGGACGAUUUCUCAAGGUGGAAGUUGGUAACGAGAUGGACAAGUGGCUCGAUCAGUCGGACAACAUCGAGAGGUGGGAAACCGCGUCGCUGACAGCAUCUGACCGGCGCGUACUGAUCACUCAAUGGACGGGAGCGGCCAUGGCAAAACUCAACAGCAAUCAGGGGUACCGACACCGCCUUUUCGAAAAGUGCGGGAUGGCGAUGACCGUGGACGGCUCAGGCGAUGAUCGAAUCACCUUGGAGGGUUUGGACCAGCCGUACACCUUCGCAAACGAUGAAGACUCCAGCGAGAACGAAGGAGGUUCGGAGGACGGCAGCGAUGGGCCCGAGGGGCGGGAGGAGGAGGGCGCCGGAAGGCGCGAGCCGGUCGUCGGGGAUGAGCGCAACGGUGCCAACAGCGGGGAGGGCAUGGAGGGCGCUGGAUACAGCGAUGAAGACGACGACAACAUGUCUCAAUCCCAGACCGACGAGCUAGCUCUUUUGGACGAGGACGACAGCAUGGACCCAGACGACCCGGAGGACGAGACGCAGGGAAUGGAGAUCCCGGCGGGCUUUCGCCUUCAAGAAUCUACCCCCGCUGCUCUUGACAGAUUGCUUUUGCAACGUGGAGUGUUUGUUCGGCUGGGCAUGGGUUGGUUCGGUGGGUUGAUCAUUCAGCAAUCUCCGCAGCGCCACCUGUACGACUGCCUGUGCAGCUGGAAGUAGACCACAGUACGCGCAAUAUGAAGCUGCCCUUAGACAAGUACAGCGGAGAUCCGGACGCGGCGGUAGGCUCAUGGGUUUUGCUUGAGAGCGUCAGUAGGGCGGGAAGGGUACGCACCCCCAACGUCACUCUCGUGGACCAAGACGGUUGACAGUUGCCCCAUGGGGGGGUGUUUGCAGGUAUGAAACUCUGCGUCGAGUGCAGUUGAGUAGUCUAGUGCACCAAUUGAGCAAUCGAUGAUGAAAAAAGAACAAGAACACCGUUUCUGGAGACAACUGGACGACGAAAUAAGAACCUGGCAAAUAAGAACUUGUGCUCGGCUUGGGGCAGCCAACAAGAAGCGAGCCUCGCUCCAAAUAAGAGGUUCUUAAGUGCGGGCCG